AUGUCACUUGUAAUUAUUGUCCGUAAAGACGAACAAUUUGCUAAACUGCCGUAAAGUGAAUUCUGUAUUUCAAUGCAUUUGUACGAUUUCGUAUAAAUAUUUAAGGCCUAAUGCUCAGUUUUACACAAAAAUAUAUUUCAAAGUUAAUACGAGCAAAUAAGGUCUUUUUGAUUAAUUUAAUAUUUUUUUAGACUCUAUAAAUAUGGAGCCAAUUACUAAAGUUCCUUUGCCAUUAGAACCCAUCAAAUCAAAUCAAGUAGAAGACAGAAGAUUAUGGGUAGGCAAUUUAGAUUUAAGAAUUAAUGAGUACCAACUCCUAAAACUCGUCCAAAAACAUGGAACAAUUGAAAAGUUCGACCUUCUAUUUCAUCGAUCAGGCCCACAAGCUGGUCAACCUAGAGGUUAUGCAUUUGUUACAUAUAAAACUAUUCAAGAUGCUAAAGCAGCUAAAGAUGCUUUACAUAAUUUAAAAGUGGGAGCAAAAAACAUUAUUGUCAGAUGGGCUCAUAGUGUAACGGAGUCUGAUAUGGAUAAGCCAAAGCCAAAAAUAGAUAUACCUGCUCUAGCUGGAGCUAAAAAAGAAGAUAAAAGAAUAAGUCGUGAAACAGCAAUUCAAGCUAUAGAAGCAAAAUUGAAAUUAAUGAAAGAAUCAGAAGAGGAAUUUGAAUUAAAUAAACCUUUAAAUGGAUCACCAAUAAUACAUUUAUAUCAAAAACCAGAAAAUCCAAAACCGUCCACAUCUACUCGUUAUCAUAAUAGAAGUAAUUAUUAUCAUAAUAAUAAGCCAUACAAUCGUCAUAAACCAAGGAGAUAAUUUAAAAAUUGUUUUUUUUUUUAAUUUAUAGUGUUACAAUUAAAAAUAAUCAUUUCAUUUAUAUUAUCAAUGUUUGUUCCAUGACUAUAGUUGGAAUAUUUAUAUUAUUUAUAUAUUCUAUUUAAGUAAUAUCUCUGUAUUAUGUCAAUUUUUUUAUUAUAAAAUCUUAUUUUUUAGUUAGUUUUUUAAGUCUCGUUUUCUACUGUCAACAUGAUUCCUAAGGUGCAACUGCACAUUAGAUACACAAGUAUCUUAAUUCACUAACAACAUAAUAUUUAAUAUGUACAUUAAUGUACAUGUAUUUUCAUAAUCUAUAAUAUCUUUUUAUAAUAAACAAAUAUAUACUUUAA